AGGCUGAGAAAUAGUUACAAAGAGGGAAUGAUUUAAUCAGGGAGGAAAAAUUCCUUACAAAACUUUAAAAGGAGUAAAAGGCUUCCUUUACAACAGAGGUUUUUUAAGAAAUUUAAAAACUAGUGACUCACACAUGGGGGGUUAGUUGCACUUGGACUAGUCUUUUUGCUUUUUUCCCUACUAAGCAAUUUCCUUUCGGUGAGUACUGCUAGUCAGUAACUACCAAAACUUACCAUUUUAUUGCAAUACUAACUAAGAUAAUUGCACCAUUUAGAGCGCUUAUAUAUACCCCACUCCAUUCCAUAACUAUACACAUGCAGAUUAAGAGAGAAAGAAAAGAGAUGGAGAUCCCAGUGAUAGAUUUCGAUGAGCUGGAUGGAAAGAAAAGAAGCAACACAAUGGCUCAACUACACGAAGCUUGUGAAAAAUGGGGCUGUUUUCAAAUAAAGAACCAUGGAAUUGAUGAAAAGUUGAUGGAGAAAGUGAAGCAUUUGGUGAAUACACACUAUGAGGAAAAUUUGAAGCAGGAGUUCUAUGAGUCUCAGGUAGCUAAAAGAUUGGAGAUCAAAGGACAUACCUCUGACGUAGACUGGGAAAGCAGCUUCUUCAUUUGGCAUCGCCCGGUAUCUAACAUGGAACAAAUUGAAAACCUUCCAAAAGACUUUUGCUCAACGAUGAACGAGUACAUAGUUCACAUGAUUAAACUGGCUGAGAAGCUUUCUGGGCUCAUGUGUGAGAAUCUUGGUUUGGAAAGAGAUCAUAUAAAGGAUGCUUUCUCUGGAACCAAAGGUCCUUCUGUGGGGACAAAGGUGGCAAAAUACCCUAAAUGUCCAAAUCCAGAACUUGUGAAAGGACUUCGAGAGCAUACUGAUGCGGGUGGGAUCAUACUUUUGCUCCAAGAUGACCAAGUUCCCGGUCUUCAAUUCCUGAAAGAUGGAGAAUGGAUUGCAGUUCCCCCAUCCAAAAAUAACACCAUCUUUGUGAACACAGGCGACCAAGUGGAAAUAUUGAGUAAUGGAAGGUAUAAGAGUGCAUUACACCGUGUCAUGGCUGAGAAGAAUGGAAGUAGACUGUCCAUUGCUACCUUCUAUAACCCAGCCGGUGAUGCUAUCAUUUCUCCCGCACCCAAGCUGCUGUACCCGAAUCACUUCCGUUUCCAAGAUUACCUGAAACUUUAUGUAACUACAAAGUUUUCUGAUAAGGGCCCCAGGUUUGAAUCCAUGAAGCAAAUGGCCAACGGGAACGGCAGUCUUCUACCCUAAAAUGUUAUGAUUAUUUGGUAUAAACAAUAUUUAUAUGUAAUGCUAACCAACGCGUGGUUUGUGUGCUACUUUUGUUGUUGGUAUGUUUUCACACAUAAAUUACCAACGAAAGAAAAGAAAUACCCAAAUAAAAGAUGUUUCUUUCUUCA